ACACCGGAUCAUUACAGCUAGGGGCAGACGGGGGAGAGACGGGAGAGUGGGAUGGAUGAAAACAGGGGAGCGAUCCUGAUGUGAUAACUCAUCAUCAUCAUCAUCUUCUUCAUCAUCAUAUUUGUCACAUCUGGACCAUGAAACCAGCUCAGACACAGCAGCUCGGACCCGCAGCGACUUGUUACAACUUUCCUUCGAGUCUGGAGGAGCUGAGAUGAAACACUGAAGCUUUUUCACUGAGGAAACCAGAGCGACCUCCAGGUGGUCAUCAUGUCCGUUUGGAUGAUCCUUCCUGUCAGCCUGCCUGUCUUCACCAUCACUGGAAUAUGGGUUGUAUACGCCAUGGCCCUGUACAACCAGCAUGUCUGCCCUGUGCACAACUGGCUUUAUAAUGAGUCAUGUGAGGAGCAGCUUCCACUGCAGAGGGGUCCUGUGCUGUGCUGCACCCUGGACAACAUACCGCUCAUCAGUAAAUGUGGAACUCUUCCACCUGAGAGCUGCUUCUUCAGCCUCAUAUGCAGCACCGGCUCCUUCAUGGUGAUGCUGAUCGGUCUGCUGCGUUACGCUCACGUCAUAGAGAAACACCAGAACUGUGUCCUCAACACGGCCGGCCUCUCCACCGGAUGGAUCUGUGCCGCUGGUCUCAUCAUGGUGGGAAACUUCCAGGUGGAUUUUGCCAAAGUCCUCCACUACGUCGGAGCUGGAGUGGCCUUCCCGUCCAGCAUGCUGUUUGUGUGUCUGCAGUCGGCUCUGACCUACAGACUGGCCAAGACCCAGGAGGAGUACCGAGUGGGUCACCUGCGGGUGGGGAUGGCCCUACUGGCUCUGAUCGCCCUGGUGCUCAGUGGAGUUUUCUUCUGCCAGGAGAGCUACGCCCUGCAGCACGCCUCCGCCAUCUUCGAGUGGAUCUACUGCUCGCUCAUCAUGCUCUUCUACGGGACGUUCGCCUUCGAGUUCGGGGGCAUGUCGGGGGACACGCUGAUGGUCCUGUCCAGAGGAGGGGGCGUACAGGGCUUCUCCGCCUCCGAGCACAAGACAGAGGUGGUUGGCGCCGGGUCCAACCACCAUCAGCCGGAGAGUUUAUCCAUCCUAUAACUGACCUGGAGGUCAAAAGGGCAAAAAUAUGAACCACUCUGGAAAAAAAAGAAAAAAGAAAAGAAAAAAAAAAAAGCUAGAGCCUGGAAGCUGCAUCCUGCAUAUCAGCACGCUCACUAUUGCACACAGCCACGACGCCAAAGCUGUUCUCCUCAGCAGUGACCAAAGACUUUACAGAUCCUGCAGGCUAACACUACAAAACAUUGCACAAUAUUGUCAGUGCCUUUCUGCACACACACACACACACACACACAAACACACACAGUCCUCGGUGUUUGUUUUAAUUCUCUUAAUGAAACAAUCGGCCUCUGAUUUCUGGACCUUUUAUCAGACCGAACGUCCAGGAAGUGCCUCCUCACACGCCGCUCCUCGCCAAGCUGCUGUUUGUUUUCAUGUUUGGACGUUCAGACAUCGAGCUCCGUAUUGUUCCCACUCAGGAAGUUUUGUUACAUAAUCAGCUUUUUGCUCUUUACCUCAAUAAUAAGGUGAAGUUUUCCAGAAACCUUCUGACAAUAGAUUGACGGUCGUUGUGUGCCAAGAAUAAUGUGUUUGAUUUUGAAGUGGUUUAACUGUUGUUUUUGCCCAGAAUGAACGGCAGGAGUAUCUGCCCUCAUGUUGAGAAAUGUGCCAUGUUUUUUUUUUUUUUAAGUGUAUCUCAAUUGUAAUUCAAGUUUUAUUAUCCACAGAAACAUUUUCUGUCUCAUAUUGUCUAAAUAAGCUCUGUUGUAUAUUUUGUUAUAUGUCUUUAAACAGUCAGUAACGCUGACAUGUUACAGCUUUAAUGUGACCAAACUACAGAGGAGGGAGUGAACACGCUGUGUUUGAUUAUAUACAGAAAAUAAAGAUCAGCAGUGUAAACAAGCAGAAAACAGCAAAUUAAAGCAAAUAAGUAAAAAAGAA